AUGUUUAUCGUCCACUCCAGUCCUAAAAAGGGUUACAAGCUAGGUACCGCCUCUGCCACUUGGAAGAAGAUUAAGCUGGCUACCUAUAGCAGCAAUGACAAGUCAGUGGAUUCUGCAGAUGUCAUCAUCAGAUCUGACGAUCAGGGCAAUAUCUUAAUCUACUACCCAAGUACUAACGUUUUGGAGAUGUGGGAUUGGGAUUGUCCCGAUCUGACCAAAGAUAUCAAUGACAACGAUACAUUAUACUUGUUAAACCAGAGAUCUAUUCCAAUGGAGGAAGGCUGGCGAAUGAUUAAUUUCAUUUUCGCUAACACUGAUACCAUAGUUUUUCACUUUGAGAGUGCUGACGAUGUCAAGUUUUCUUCUUUCUCGCUUACCCACUUGAAAUGUAUCCAAGAAUUGAAGGCUCCUGCCAUAUUGAAAGUUAAAACGAAGGUCAAGUCCAAAAAUCCGCCUUCGCCAGGUGUGCCCGAACUGUUGGCAUCCAAGGAGAGACAGCUCCCAGAGUAUCAAAUCAAGUCCAACGGUGACUAUGUUAUCAUAACCAAUAGUGAGGGCUAUUUGGUCAUAUUCGAAUUUGAUGGCCGAAAUUAUAAGUUAAAACCUAUUCUACCCAAAAUUUUCAAAGAGUCAUGCCAACCGCUUAUCAAUAAGUAUGAAUUUGACAAUAUGGAUUCAAUGGUGUUGAGGACAAGCACUUUUGAUAAGAAAGCUAUAUUUGAUAUCGUUGGUAACUGGUUGGUCUAUUCUCCAACCAAAUGUGAAUACCAACACUUGAAAUCUCUAUUUGAAGCCAAAUUGGCUAACGGAGUUUUCAAUGCAGAUGAUUUAUUGGCUUCUAGUGGCAGCAGCACUAAUAGCAAUUUGAGUUCUAAAUCUUCUCCAUCGCCCUCGAAUGAUAAAACGACAAAGAUUUCCAGCGGAAAGAGGAAAUUUAAGCAAUCUUUCAAAAGGAAAAGGCCACAAUUGCUCACUCAAGUAAAAUUGCCUCCUCCUGGUCCGCUUUUAAAUCGUGUGAUUUCCACCUUGUCAAAUACUGCUUUGGAUGGAAUUUGUAAGUUUUCAGAAUUGUCGUCUCAGGUUGUGAAAUCUUAUUUUGAUAAAGAAAAGGAAAAGGAAAAUAAAGAAAUGGACAAGAAUCUGCCUACUUUCAAUGAUAUUACCAGAGCCAUAACGAAAACAAUAUAUUCUACUGCUGCAUCAACUAUAUCUUCAGGACCUGGUGAUAAUCAACUUAUCAAGGUUAUUGACUUGAAGAAUGACAAGGUCAUGGGUAUUUUCAAACCUCCAGGUGGAGUAUCUAACCUUUCGCUCUCCCCAUAUGAUCUUCAAUUGAUUCAUUCUAAUCUCAGAGGGGAUUUGUUUUUCAUGUGGGAUUUAUACAAGUUACCUUUGGAAGUUUCUCUAAUUGGAAAAUUCACUAGAGGUAAGACUUCUGCUAAGAUAAAAGAUAUAUUUUGGUUCAUCAAUAAUACUAAUUCAAGUACCAUCAAGGGAAAUAAUUAUGGAUUUGGAUGUAUAACUAAAUCAAGUGGAUCGAUCCAUUGGUUUAAUAUUAAUUACUUAUCGGGGAAUUUGAAUAGUAAUUUCCCAAACGUUCUCGGUCAACACUAUAGAAGCAGGAAGUCAGGUAAAUCAAAGGCGAUUUCAACUUCAACAGCAGCUUCAAUUUCUCGUGUGGGUAGCGUUGAAAGCAGUGCAGACAGCGCGGGUGUCAAUAAUGGUGGAGUUGGUAGUCAUAGGGGUGCUAUCGAUGGAAAAGGAUCUUAUACCGAAUUUUCUGAUGACUGGAUCUUGUCAUCUAUGCAAGCAACUAAAUUUAUAACGCUCCCAAACAAAAGUAACAGUAUGAACACAGGAGUAUCAGCAAGCAGGAUUAACCAACUUGCAAUUUUAGAUUCUAAAAAUCAAUUAAGACUAAUUUCUCCAUUGAAUGGGACCAGUUUAUUCAAAUAUCAACUUCCGUUCGUGCAAGUUAAUAAGGAGCAUGCUCCCACUUUUGUGAAAGCUAGAGAAAGUUCAAAACAAGAGAGCACUGAUCCCCAUAUCAAUCCUUUAUCUCGGACAGAAAUUGAAACUUGUGCACCUUAUCCAAACCUUUACCGAAAUAAGAAUAUUGAGUUUUCAACUUAUGAUUAUAGUGAAGGGGAUGACUUGGAUAAUUUCUUAAUAAGCUUUGAAACUUUUGGCAAUGAGGUGACAAACAAGGUGAUAAAGUUUAACAAAGAAGAGGCGCCAAAUACAGUAUUUGAAGACAUUAAAAGAAGGCUGAUCAUUCUUGAUCAAGAGGAGGGGGAGGAGGAAAUAGGGCCGGAUACAGAUUCAAGUACGAAAUUUGCCACGGCAGAUUUUGAAGCAAACAAUGCAGAGCUCUCCAAAGAAACAAGUGAAGAAAGUGUUUAA